GAACCGCCAAAUUUGCCGGUUCAAUUUGCGGCAGCAUAAAAUGUCGAAUUUUGCGCAACUGGAGCAGUUUUUAGUGAAAGUAUUCCCUGUUCUGAAUGGAAUCACGAAGGACGAGCCCGUCACGAUCGAUGAACUUAAAAAUCUGCAUCAGGUUUUGGUCGACGAGGCGGUGGUGUCUUUUAUCUACGAAAGGGUGUUUCAACAGAUCGGCAAAACUGUCCGCUACACUACGGUACCCCAGUUUUGGUCCCAUUUCACCCCAUCCAAACCGACUCAAUCCGCCACAAACCCGGCCGUAGUCGCUGGUGACAACACUAGGUUUUUCGAGUUUCAGGAUGCGGUCAACGAACUGUACACUCAGUAUGCCUUCUUUCGGCGGCAGCUGAAGCGGCUAGAGAUCGUCUGCCCAGCUUCAGGCAUUCCCGUUUUCACCAAGAAGAAGCCGAACGAGGUGAUGCACUUUUGCGAUUCUUUCCGUAACGAACUGCUGGCCCAACGGCCAGUGCACUUCAAUGAUUUGGUGUCUGAAUUCUACCAGAUUGCAUUCCGCGUGUUUGCUUUCACGUACGGUGAAAGUGAAGCAGAGUACAUCGAUGUGCCGGAAACGAACCAAUGCGUGGCUUGCGGUGUGGCCACACCCAGUUGCCAGUGCCAAAUGAUAGCGAACGCUUUCGGCAGCACGAACAAACAUCUUUGGCAAAUGGGUCUUUUGAAUCCGAUCGCCGGCUACGCAAUCGAUGCCCUCGCGAUGGAGCGCAUCGAUGUAAAAGUAUCCGAAACCAAGGAAAACCAUUCCGAGUCGCAUUUGGAUCCGCUCGAGCAGUGGCUGAACACGGUUCUGCUGCAGUGGAUCACGCGUAUUUACAACCAGGGUUCGCUGGAGGUGCAGCCGGAGCAGAAGCUAGUACAGGAUAUUAUCAAAGAAUUUAAACAGAAGCUGAGACUUCACUUGUUCGAAAGCUACGCCAAUGCCAUCAUGGAGCAAUUCUUUCAGAUUAUUAUAAACUUUCCCUUGACGCAACCGGCUGUGGAUGAUCUGAAGGUAUGCCUAGUUAAUAUUAAACUCAAUAAGUGCUUCGUCACAACGAUCCGUCAGAUGCUGCAAAAGCGCCUGCUGCAUCCGGGAGUCGAUACAUCGGAUAUACUGACGGGUUACGUGGCGGCCCUAAAAACUCUCGGUCACUUCGAUCCCAGCAAUGUGUUACUACGAUCGAUCACCAAGCCCAUCAAGGAUUAUCUGCGGGGCCGGCCAGAGACUGUGCGAUGCGUCGUGACUAGCUUGACGGGCGACGGUGCUUCCGAUCUUGCAGAGGAGCUAGCAAAGAGUGAAUCGAGCAAGCCUAAGGAAACAAACGACAUGCCAGAGGAUACCGAUUGGGAAAGCUGGAAUCCCGAACCGGCGAACGUUGCAACUGCAGUGCAACGGGCAUUGAUUGCUGGCAAAGAAGUCGAUAUAAUAGCGAUGGUUGUCGAAAUCUAUGGCAGUAAAGAAAUAUUCGUGAACGAGUAUCGUAACUUGCUGGCGGAACGGUUACUCUCGCUGGUGGACUUCUGUCCCGAGCGUGAGAUGAAAAAUCUCGAGCUGCUUAAGCUCCGUUUUGGAGAAAGCAUGCUGCACAGCUGCGAGGUGAUGCUGAAAGACAUCGCGGACUCGAAACGCAUUAACGAUCACAUUGUUGGCGAGGAAGGUGGUUUCAGCGAGGACAUUCCGUUCAAACUCUCAGCUCUAAUAGUUUCAUCUCAGUUUUGGCCAACGUUUAAGAAGGAAACGAUGGAUCUCCCUCCAGCGAUACAGAAAGUGUUCGAUAAGUACACGAAGAGCUAUGAGGCAUACAAGGCUAACCGAACCCUACAGUGGACACCGCUAAAUGGUAAGGUUUGCAUAACGAUCGAAAACGACGGAAAAGUACAAGAGAUGCAGGUCACUCCGGCUCAAGCAGCAAUAGCUAUCCACUUCAGCGAACAAUCCCAAUGGGAAUUGGAUCUUUUGGCCCAGAAAAUGAACAUGCCCCCCAUCGUACUCCGCAAACGGUUGGUUUUCUGGCAGUCGCACGGGCUGAUCCGCGAAGCCCAGGAAAAUUUGUUCGUACUCGUGGACAAGAGUGACGAAUCGGCGAAGCUAGCGGAUCAGCUGCUAUCUCAACAGGAUAAUAUGUGCGAGGAGGAGGAAGUGGAGAGUGCAAUGGAAUCGGCCAGCGAUCAGCGGGAGGAGGAACUGCAGGUGUUCUGGUCUUACAUCGAAGCGAUGUUAACCAACCUUGAUUCGCUGCCACUCGACCGUAUUCAUCAGAUGUUGAAAAUGUUCGCCUCCCAGGUGGACUUCACGCAGGACGAACUGAAAAACAUCCUGCAGAAGAAGGUACGCGAACACAAGCUCGUGUACGCAGGCGGAGUAUAUCAGUUGCCGAAAUCGUAG